AUGUCCACUUCCUCCUCGCCGCCGCCGCCGGCCUCCUCCCCCUCGCCGGCGGCUGCACCGCCUGAUCCAUCGUCUCCGAUUCCCACCUCUCCGCCUCCGGCGUCGCCCUCUCCACCCCCACCCCCACCAUUCCCGAUUCUCAGCCUGCGGCCUCCCCGCAGCCUUCCAGCCCGCCCGCCCCUCCUCCUCAUCCGUCUUCGAAUCCGCCUCCUCCAGCUGAUGACUGGUAUGGUGCAUAUUUGCAGAAACAAAACCAUGCUUCAUCUCUACAAGAUCAUGGUGUCAAAGUGCCUCCUCGACCUCCUCCUCCUCUACCAACAGUUUGUUUGCUUCCUCCACACUCACCUGGUCCUCUUCCGACUCCACCUCUGA